AGACGAAGCUUUAGAAAGACAGAAGUGCUUCUAAAGGUAUGGAAGGGGAGCCCCUCUCAGCCCUGUGCAGCCCUGCUCUGGUGGUGGAUGUGGACAAAGUCAAGAAAAACGCCCAGAGGAUGAUUGAACGCUGCCAAAAACUGGGAAUCCAGCUUCGGCCACACAUGAAAACCCACAAAACCAUUGAGUGUGCUGACAUCAUGACGGCUGGAUCACGAAGGUGUAUUGUUGUUUCCACUCUGGCAGAGGCCUGUUUCUAUGCUGAUCAUGGAUUUGAUGACAUCCUCUAUGCAUACUCUGUUCCCUUUGACAAGGUGGAGCGUUGUGCAGCUCUGUCAGAGAGACUGGAUCUUUUCCAAGUUUUGUUGGAUCAUCCUGAUGCGCUCACGCUGCUCAAACAGAGGCCUCUGAAAGGAGGUCGGCUGUGGCACGUCUGGAUGAAACUUGACUGUGGCAACGGGAGAGCUGGAGUCCUGCACACAGAGCCUGAGGCACUCGGACUGGCCCAAGCCAUUGCAGAGACAGAGGGGGUGGAGCUAACAGGUGUGUACGUCCARUGUGGGAACACCUACCACUGCAGAGGGAUGGAGCAAAUACAGGCUGUCGUUCAAGAAACAACCAACUAUCUGCUGCAGUUCAUGAAACAAUUGAACGCUGCAGGUAUCAGCUGUAAGUCCAGCAUCGGCUCCACCCCUUCCUGCAGUCAUCCCGUUGAUGACAUGGCAAAGCUGAGCGAGGUGCAUCCUGGGAACUAUGUCUUCUAUGACGUGCAGCAGUCGGGGAUUGGCUCCUGCAGCCUGGAGGAUGUGGCUGUGAGAGUUUUAACAAGAGUCAUCGGACACUGUCCACACAGGAACCAGCUCCUGAUUGACUGUGGAUGGAGCGCAAUCAGUUUGGAUGGAGCUGGAAAACUUCCCACUGGAUAUGCUGUGAUUGAAGGGCACCCAGACCUCAAGUUGUUGUCUAUGACUCAGGAGCARGGGAGAGUAGAGCCGAUCUCAGGACCGCUGGACUACAGCAAAUAUCCCCUGGGCACUUUGCUCAAGUUGAUCCCUUACCAUUCCUGUGCGACAGCCUUGAUGCAUCCUGUGUACUACGUGCACUCUGAGGGUCGUCUGCUGGGGAAGUGGACACCCACCCGUGGGUGGUGAACACCCGUCCAAUGCUUCACCUAUACAUUACUGAAAGAACUUCAUUCCAGAGUGUGUCAACCAACUUGUUCACUAAAAUAAUGGUGCAGAAUUGGUAGCUCUUUUCACCUCUUGUAAACUCUAAAAGAUUCAAAGGGAAUGGAGGAAAAAAAACACACAGGAAAGAUUUUCUGUCUGAUAUUUUUAAAUAAAAGAAAGUAGAAGAAACA